CCGGAAGUGACUCGCCCACGCGGUCGUGGGUCCCACACGCAGGGACUCGCGUCACUGGUACGCUCUUCACUAUCGGUAGUGCAGGCAGUAGCCGCUUGUAUGUAGUGUGUAGCCCUUUCCUUUCCCUCCCGCGAGCACGCUACGAAUCGCCGUGGUAAAUGCUCGGCCGCGGCGGCCAUUAGAAGGCGCUAAUCACGCCCAGGAUUAAAGAGCCCCCCUCUCCGCCUUGGCCUCGGCUCGCGCACCUGCCUGCCUCACUGCCUGCCUACCUACCUGCGUUGUUGCCUUCUUCGCCUCCUCCCCCUGUGGCCGCACCGCAGCAGCUGCGGCGGCGGCAGAGGUGAACAGCUUCCCGCGGCCUUGUCCUGUCCGGACUCCGGGGCCGGGACCGGCAGCGCAGCGGGCUCGCAGGAUCUCCCGAGUCCCGACCCCCAUGCGUCGGCCUCGGUGACAGGGUUUGCUAGCGGAGUCCAUCCAACUAUAAUGAAUUAGGCACCCAGUACGUAAUGGCAACGGAAGUCAAACAAACUUAUUUUUCAUGGUCACAAGGAGAGUCAACUGAACGGGAUGGUCCUCAAGGAGUAUCUGUAUCCCAGACACUUGAUCAUGGUUCCAUUUCCUUCGGAAGAUUUGAAUUAGAGUCACUAUCAUGGGAGAAGUGGUCCGUAUUUACUAAUGACAGGCGCAAUGAAGAAUUUGGAAAAUUCAAUGGUUUAGUCGCUCAGAAAAAGGCUUAUUUUGAAGAGUAUUACAAGAAGAUCAGGGAACUAAAGGCUUCACAGCAGCAAAACCAGCAAACUGAACUUAUUCUGGAAUACAGCGGUGAUGGUAGUGACUCCAGCCAAACAGCAGAAGAGGAGCAGGGUGCUGAUCUUGAAACCCCCACUGGAUCUGGAGCAGCUGUUGAUGUUUAUGUGGAAGAAGUUCCAUGUGAAACCACAUCGGAGCAUGGACUGCAGUGCUAUAAUGACCAAGGAAACGAAAAUUUUGAUACAGAAUUUUCCUCAUCUAAUCUUUCUUCGUCAGGUGGAUUUCUGCAGCAAACUGACCAUGAUGUUAGAGUUCCUGUUCGUGGUGACAAUUCUACCAGUAAACUGUAUGCGGCGCCGCAGAAUGCUAGUUCUGUUCACGAUGGUACUAGAAAAACAUAUGAAGCUGCAAGGACUCCUAGAAGGAUUAUUGAGAAAGAUUCCAGGCUUAGACACAGCCCCAAGAUAAUACCAAAAUCCGUCAAAGCCCUUUCACAAAGUGCUAUGGAUUACACAUUUACUAGUGAGAGGCCUGGUUCAGUGAAGCCCAAUACAACUACGAGCCAGAAGGCUAAGCCAGUGCAAAGACCAAAUGCAGCAAGCCAGAAGAUGUCUGCAUCUACAGAAAGGAGCAAGCUUACAGGUCUCAGAAGACCUUCCUCAGCAGGUGCGCAACGGCCUUCUACUGGAGAGCGACAUGCUAUUGCCAGGGAGAAUUCACAAUUACCUGUGGUCGUUUCCACCCCACGGCGACCUUCCACUGCUGAGAGACGCCCAGUCACCCGAGAUCGUGCAGAGAAGCAAGCCAAUGUCACCACACCACGCCGACCUUCUACUUCUGAAAGACUCCCCAUCAAAAGAGAGACUGCAGCAAAGCAUAAUGAUAUUUCCGCUGUACGUCGACCCUCUACAGGAGAGAGACGUGCUUUUACUAGAGAUGGUGUUCUGAGAACUGAUGUGAAGACACCUAGUAAGGCAAGAGCAACUGUGGCUCAUCCGAUGAGUGAAAUGACUACAGUGGGCAAUACGAGAAAGGCUAUCACUCCAAAUGCAGCUAGAAGUAGCAAGCUGGAAACAAAAAGCAAUAACUACAGACUGAAGGGACCUUCAGCAUUGGAUAGCCACUCUACUAGGUCAAACAGAAUGGACUUGCAAGUGUCUGGCAAGCAGAAAUCGAGUUCUGUUAACCUUCCUCCAAGGAAAAUUUUCAGUUCUACUGCUGGAGAACCAUCAGUUGGAACCAUUUCUAGGUCAAAAAAGAAAGAGGGCGUUCAGGCGACAGUGCAAUCUCGAGCAUCCACUUCAAAGAGAACAACUCCUUUGCAGACUGGAAACUUAAAGGCGAGGGGUCCAAAUCCACCAGCACCGCCACCUCCACCACGUCGGCCAUCACGAACGACUACCAAACCAAGUGCCGGUGCCUCAUCGAUUGGCGGAAGAAAGCCAAAGGCUUCAGCACCACAAUGGCACUGAUGCAGUGGAGGAGAGCGGAAAGCGCUUCAGUACAGUGGCCCGCAGAGCAUGGUGGAUCUGAGGGACGUCAGUACCGGCCUUCCUUUGUAUGGUGUGUACUCCCGUUGGCCCGUGCAGAGCAGCUCCCAAGUGUAGUCUCAGUACAACCCCCGUUGGCCCGUCCCUUCCUUUGCAGAGCAGCAGUCUAGUGUAUGUAGUCGCGCGUAUCAUAUCCCACCGGUGCCUAGUUUCGUCGUCCACAAGGAACUUAGAACAUUGUAAAUACCUGGAAAUAAAUUUGCAGCUUAGCUCUAAAGUAAAUCCAGCCCAAGAUUUGUGAACAUCCAUGUAUGUCAUUAGCAAUGGAAGCCCUUGUUUAUCAGCUUGUUA